AUGCAUUGGCACGAUGUCUGGAAUUGGCGUGGCGUGUCCGGUCAUGUUGACCAGGCAGACAAAUACCUGAGAAAAGCUAUCGAAAACAAUCCCAAGGGCCCAAGGGCGUCUGUCGACGCUGGCUAUAGCUACUGCAAAGGAUUGCAUGAAUGGUACUCAGGAGAGCCGAAUGCCGCUCUACAGGCGUUCAAUCGCGCCCGACGAGAUUUGGAAUGGGGCGAACGUGCUCUUUACAAUAUGAUCGAAAUCGUACUAAAUCCGGACAACGAGAUAAUUGGUGGUGAAGUGCUCGACCAUGCCGAUGACAGAGGUGAUGAGGCCGAUCGAGAAAUGGCUGCGAAGACAGCAGAGCGUUUUUUGAAGGAAGUAACAUUCAAAAACAACAACUCCAAAUACAUCCUAAUGGAGAAUUCGAUACUUGUUGCCAGCGGAGUGCGAAGUAACGUGCAGAAAGCUCUCGAUCGAUUGCUGCCGAUUGUUGGGAAUGAAGGGGAGAAGGUGUCAAGCGUUGGCGCCGUACUGGUCGUAGCCCGAGCGUAUAUGCUGAUGAAACAAACGCCGAAGGCAAAGGCUAUGCUCAAACGUGUGGUUGGCCAUCCAUGGUCCCUAGAAGACGCCGAUUAUCUGGAGAAGUGUUGGUUACUGCUGGCUGACCUAUACAUCAAUCAAAACAAAUCCGAACAGGCGAACACCAUACUGCGCACUGUACUACAACAUAAUGCGAGUUCUAUAAAAGCGUUCGAGUUUCUUGGCUAUUUACGGGAGCGUGAGCAGAAGUUCAACGACGCCGCCGCGAACUACGAUGAUGCGUGGAAGCUGAGUCGAAUGAGGAAUCCUGCUAUAGGGUACAAGUUAGCGUACAAUCUUCUGAAAUGCAAGCGACUAUUCGAUUGUAUUGAAGUAUGCCAUCAUGUGCUGAAGCUCUACCCCACAUAUCCGAAAAUUAAGAAGGAGAUUAUGGAUAAGGCUCGGUUGAGCAUACGAUCUUGA